UCUGUUACUUUACUUUUGCGGUCACGGCUGUGCGGAUAUGCUUAGCAAGCUUAGCAGGUGAUCGGCGCUCUUUUCGCCAGCCAUUCCACGUUGCAUGUCAUGCAAGAUAUAACUUUCUUGAGCUCCACGUGUGGGUGGCUCUUUACUAUAGUAUGUUACAUGGGUGCCUAACUACCUUUGCGUUGACACCUGAAGAAGUAACAAAAAAAUCGUUCGGUUCUUGUUAGCAAACAAGUAGCAAAGCAGUUUGUGGUUCGUUUGCUUACCACCCAUCCAUUACGAUUGCGCUGAGAGUCUACAGUAGACCGGAUCUUGAUGCAGCAUUGACAGCUGCCCGUGGGCUUGCCCAAAGGGUGGGCACGCGACUCGGUCAGCGCGCUAGGUUACCCCCAAUUCGGGCCGCACUCAGUUCGACUCGCCAAAGUUCCGUGUCCUCUCGUUUCGUCAUAGCUGACCUACUUCAAGGUACCAGUGUCUUCGACAAUCAUCCAGACCUUUGUUUUUGCAAUACAUGGCGAGCAGCCUUGGUCUGUUCUAGGUUUUACCCGACGUCCGAUCGUCCUUUUUCCCCUUUCGUCAAUCUAUCCCGGGCACACAUGCCAGAUUAAUUACGUCUCGUCUGCGCAUUUCUAACCCCCACGCCUCCCCCUUGUGGUUUGGUUGUUUUGUUGUUGCUACUUUUCUCGAGUCCAUCCAUAAACAGUGUCAUCUGCACCGGCUGCCAGCUUUGUUUUCUUUCACCGUUUGUUUAUUCAAUAGAAGCAAAGCAGUCUUGACUGCUUUAAUCAUUCCUUUGUAUGCAUACAAUUACCUACCUAGUCUAGACGCUUUGACUUUUUUUUUUUUUUUUUUUGUAAUUUCCACAGCUUGAAUUCCAAAGAGAGUCAGCCUUGCAAGACCAAACCAAAUCAAUUUGAUCGACACCGCCCCGAAUCCGAACCAAGCCCCAGGCCCAACUUCACAACCCCAACCCGCCAGCUGGACCGAGGGUCUCCAACGAGCCGAGCCGUUGCGGCUCCAAAUAAGCCAAGAUGCUCGAUAUUCUUCACCUAACAUCGACCAGGUCCAAUGCCAAUAGUUCCUCUGCCGCAAAACAACAUCCCGACUCCACACGGCCCCAAAAGCCCUCCGCGUCCGAGCCGACAUCGGCAAAACCACAACAAACGCACUACGACAGGCCUCAACGGUCUAGACCAAACAAUGUCGUUACCGUGCUAGACAGAGCAGCCAAGCUCGCUCUAGAUUGUCGAGAUGUUGUCUGCUCCUCUUUACGAACCGAGACGGCGGCGUUUAAGAAGCGGAGGCGCGAGUUGGAGGCUCUGAUGAACAAUGCUAAUUCCUAUGAGGAAUGGGAAACUGCUGCUCGAGCCCUCGACAAGUUCAUGGGCAAUGACCUGUGGAAAGACAAGCUUGGUUCUGGUGAAUACUGCGUUGUGGAGCUCCUCGAGAACAUGCAGAGGCUAGACGAGGCUACGAAAAAGCGCAACUUCUGCGAGCUACUUUUCCUGAUAAGAACGACACUUUCGCGAGACCUCGGAGGCAUGGGGAGCUCUGCCUUGUAUAGGCAUUCUCAUACGGGUACCAAGACCAUCAUCCAACGAUAUGUCCAGUCGGCCACCAGGGCAAUCGAAACAAUGGUGGAGCUGGCGGGUUCUGCCACAUCGAGGGGAGGCAUGGGAUUACCCAAAGUGCUGCAGGAGCUGGAGCAUACGAGAAGGCAUUUCGGCCGUAGUGCCCUGAUGCUUAGCGGCGGCGCCACCUAUGGUAUGACGCACAUUGGCGUGAUCAAGGCUCUGUUUGAGCAAAAUUUGUUGCCGCGCAUAGUCUCGGGCGCAUCUGCCGGCUCUAUCGUUUGCGCGGUGCUGUGCACGCACACCGACGAGGACCUGCCACGGAUCAUCAAAGAGUUCCCGUACGGAGAGCUCGACGUGUUUGAGGAGCAAGGUCGUCAAGUGAGCAUAGCCAAGAGGCUUUGGAAGCUGUUGACGGAAUGGUACUGGUACGAUGAAACGCACCUCGUCAGGGUCAUGCGCAACAUGAUUGGCGAUGUUACGUUCCGCGAGGCAUACAACCGUACGCGCAGGAUAUGCAACAUUACGGUAUCAAUAGCCAACAACAUCGAGCUUCCUCGACUGUUGAACUACCGCACAUCGCCCGAUGUCAUGAUCUGGUCCGCCGUCGCCGUCUCGUGUUCUGUCCCGGGUCUCUUCAAAGCCUCGAGCCUCAUGAUCAAAGACCCCAAGACGGGGGAGCAGUCUCGAUGGUUCCCAUCGCCGCAGAGAUGGAUAGAUGGCUCUAUCGACAACGACCUGCCCACAACUAGGCUGGCCGAGAUGUUCGCCGUUAACCACUUUAUAGUCUCUCAAGUUAAUCCCCAUGUAGUUCCCUUCCUUGAGCGGGACGACGUCAUACUUGAGCCCGAGGAACGAGACUCGGCUCUUUCAACAAGCUUCAAGCCCUCAUUACUCAUCAAGAAUCUAUUCUCAGAGAUCACCAGCAUGGCCACAGAGGAGCUAUUGUAUAGAUUGACCGUGGUUGCGGAAAAUACUGGACCCAUGUCGAAUAUCCUGACCAAAGUGUGCAGCAUUCUGAGCCAACAAUACUCGGGAGACAUAACAAUAAUCCCCAAGAUAGAAUGGAGCGACAUGGCUCAUCUGGUUACUAACCCUACGAGCGAUUUUAUGCUCAAGUCCUGUCUCAUCGGCGAAAGAGGAACAUGGCCGAAGCUGCGACGCAUCCGUGACCACUGUGCAAUCGAGCUGUGUCUCGACAGGGCGAUAACGGAAUUGAUGACGCUGGCCGCCUUUAGCCCCAGUCAAGUCAACCUGCGCCGUUCUUUGGGCCUUCACUCUGGCGAUGUUGGACAACCGAUCAACCGACUGCACCACCGAGAGCGUCGGCCGUCGGACAGUAAUAUACAUAUGAUAAUGAGACAGCGCCAAAAUAAUCUGGAGCUGGAGCAGCUGCUUAGCGAAAACGAAUGGCGCCUCGAGAGCACGUCGGAAUCCGAUGACGAGGACGAAGACGGCGGUGUGAUGCUAAAGGUGGACGCCCGCCCACGACGUCGAAAAACCUCAUCCGGCGCGAGCGCGGCUCAAAACUCCGAGGACCGCCCACGCAAGCCUGUGCUGCGGCGUGCGGCCCGCAGCCACCAGGCGCUCCAUUUCAAGGCGCUGGCACGACUAUCGACGCCAAUGGCCAACCCUCUGACCAAAGAUCUGGACGAUCUGGACGAUCUGGAUGUGGUCACCAUGGGCUUGUCAACCUCACGAUCUGGGACCCCUGGAGACCUGAACUCGCCCACGUCGACGACAAGCUCGCACAGCCCGCGGUUUAUGGAGGCGGUCCGAAAGACAUCUUUGGGGAAAUCAGCAUUUGCCCGAACCGAAAUCCCGUCUUCGCCAGCCGAGGAUACCCUUAUCGACUCGGCAUCUGACGCAGACUCGCUGCCCUCGGACCAUGGUAAUAUCUUGGAUCCAGCGGCUGAGGGCAAGCCGAAGGAUGGUUCUGCGCCAAAGGUCCUUGAGCAGGCUCGAUUGUGCCAAGAGCCCGAGACGACGCGGGAAGCAGACAACAUGUUUACCAGUUGACUCGUGGACGAGGGCCUGAGCUCAUCGGGCAGCGACACGGAGCGUGCCGGGCACCGAUUACCGAACAGCACUGCUUCUGAGCAAGGUCCUCGGGGUACGAGUCGUGAGGGUGAAGUGGAGGGAGUGAGUGACCAUCGGUUACUGUGGAUGGGUUGGUAGAGUGGUGUAAAGGCACAAACGGUUGGAUUACGAGCUAUUCUUCACUUGUAUCGAGAAUCGCGAUUGUGCAGAUGACACUGUUGUAUACAGUAUGACGCUUGCGCAACGGUUUGGCUUUUGGUCUCCAAUGACUCUAUUAGACUGCAUUUCUAGGUGGCAUUUUGGAAUAAAUUAGAACGGAGCUUUCCGACAUCAUGUCAGGUCUUGAAUGGGAUGUUCGGGACGAAUUUAGACAUAUUUAGAGACAAAAUCAAGAAUAUCGCCCA